AUGGCGAUCACUGGCGGAAGCCGUGGUAUCGGAGCUGCUAUCGCCAUCAAGCUCGCUGAACUCGGAGCCAACGUCGCAAUUAACUAUGUUUCAUCCGCAAGUGGAGCAGAAGAAGUAGCCAAGCAAGUCCGCGCACUUGGUGUCCAAGCAAUAACGAUCCAAGCCGAUGUCUCUCAGGAGAAAGAAGUCAGCGCCAUGUUCGAGACGCUGAUGCGUGAGUUUGGGAGGUUGGAUAUCGCUGUGAGCAACUCGGGGAUUGAGUAUUUUGCGGAUCACUCGGAGGUGACGGGGGCAGAUAUCGAUCGUGUCUUUGGGGUGAAUGUCAAGGGCCAGUAUUUUGUUGCGCAACAGGCCUAUAAGUACAUGGCGGAUCAUGGACGUGUUAUGCUCACUUCGUCUAUUUCGGCUGUGAAGGGUGUUCCUCGCCAUGCAGUUUAUGCUGCCUCGAAAUCUGCUGUUCAAGGCAUGACCAAGUGUCUUGCCGUUGACUUUGGUUCUCGCAAUAUCACGGUUAAUUGUAUCGCUGCGGGUGGUGUGAAGACCGAUAUGUACGAUGAAAACUCGGCGGAGUACAUCCCUGGUGGUGAUAAAAUGACGCCGGAGCAGAUUGAGACCAUGCUAUCAAAGUGGUCGCCGCUGGGCCGGGUUGGGCUUCCUGAGGAUGUCUCGAACAUUGCUGCGUUGAUUGCAAGCCCAGAGUCCCAGUGGUUGACUGGCCAGACAUUCCAGGCUUGUGGAGGAGCGUAUAUGAUCUAG